AUGACUUUCACCAGGGUGCUACACAUCACGGCUCUGUUCCUGAUGCAAGGGGAUUUUCCAGGAGCUGGCAAUGAAAUCAUAACUCUAAAGGAAGGAGAGAACCUAAGUCUCCACUGCACCCUCAGCAGUGACAACAGCUCUGCCCGGCAGUGGUUAAACCCUCGUGGGUUUGCCAUUUUUCUCAACACUCAGCAGGCUUUAAGAGAUCAGAGGUACAAACUUGUCCGUUACUCCGAGGAUGAAUUAUCCAUCCAACUGUCUAACGUAACAGUGCACGAUGAAGGCGUAUACAAAUGCUUCUACUAUGGCAUCCCAUUCAAAAGCAAGAACAAGACUGUUGAGAUACUUGCUCCACCUUCUAAUCCAGUACUGAAAGUAUCCCAAGACACAGAAAGAAGCAUCACACUGUCUUGUUAUACCCAAGGAUGUAAACCACAGCCCCAGAUUACCUGGCUGUUGGACAACGGGAUAGAGCUCUCUGGUGACACUAAGCACAAGUUAGAAGCUGAUGGGAAGAAAUGGACCACAACCAGCACGCUGACAGUCCUUGCAUAUGGGCCCAAUUCAACAGCCAGCUGCAUCGUUCAUCACCAAGCACUGAGAAGAGAGAAACUGAUGGCAACUUUCUGGUUUGAGGACCUCACUAAAACAGUGACAGCAACAGUGUCAGAUCUGAACAGCAGCAUGGCCUCUGCUCCAAGCUAUGCAGAGCACAAUGGAUCCAAACAAUCCAUCAUCCCUUCUGUAGUAGUAGAGGAUCCAGUAGUUACCAGCUCAGCAUCUGCACCAACCCAGGAAAACCUACAACCAGGCAUCACAUCUACUUGGACUGAAACAGCAUUUGAUGGCAAUGGCACAAAAGAGGAACUUUCCAGCACAGAAGCCCCUCUACCAAGUGAAAAUGUAACUGUGUCUUCCAUCAACUUUGUAUCUGAAGGCAUCAGAAAGAAGGAGAGUAAUCUCUUGCUGCCAAUCUUAGUGGCUGCUCUGAUUUUUGUGCUGCUCAUCAUUGUCCUACUUUUUGUGAAGAAGCUGAAAAAAGCUCAUGGAGUGUGGAAGAGAGACAAUGAUGUUUCAGAGCAGACACUGGAGAGUUAUAAAUCCAAAUCUAUUGAAGACAGUCCAGGCCAUGAGAAGAAUGGACAUGUUGUCACUCAGAAGUCCAGCAUGCAAUACGUAACAGAAGGACACAUGGAAACAACACAGAAGAAUCCAAGAGACAAAAAUAUUGCAAUAAGUGAGAAACUGUUUGGAUAUGGAAAGGAAACAGAUGUGUAG